ACCGUAGUUACGUGACGGUUCUGUCGUCACAGGGCCUGGUUAGCGAAGAGUUAGGAGAGAAAACACCACCACAUCUAUUUCUGUUUGUUUAAACGUCGCUGCGUUUGUUUUAUACGCUGGGAUACAAACUAGAAGAUCUUGUGAUCCUACACAGAAGUUUCACACGUUGUUGUUAAGAGCCAGGAUGUCUUUGUUUGUGAAAUUAUUCGGUAGCAGUGGGAAAGGUGGUAAAGCUUAUAGUCCUCAAGAGGCUAUCCAGCGACUUCGAGAUACAGAGGAGAUGCUGACGAAGAAGCAAGAAUUUCUGGAGAAAAAGAUGGAACAGGAACUCCUCACGGCCAAGCGAAACGGUACAAAGAACAAAAGAGCCGCACUACAAGCUUUGAAGCGCAAGAAGCGAUAUGAGAAGCAGUUGGCUCAGAUUGAUGGAACGUUGUCCACCAUUGAGUUCCAGAGGGAGGCGCUGGAGAAUGCUAACACUAACACUGAGGUCAUCAAGAACAUGGGUUUUGCUGCUAAGGCCAUGAAAGCUGCUCAUGAUAACAUGGACAUAGACAAAGUUGAUGAACUCAUGCAGGAUAUGACAGAGCAGCAGGAGUUGGCACAAGAAAUCUCCGAUGCAAUUUCAAAGCCUGUUGGGUUUGGCGAGGAAUUUGAUGAGGACGAGUUGUUGGCUGAAUUGGAGGAGUUGGAGCAGAUGGAGCUAGAUAAGAACCUGCUGGAGAUCGGAGGCCCAGAGAAUAUACUGCUGCCAAAUGUACCCUCCACAUCCCUACCUUCUAGACCAGCAGCAAAGAAAAAAGAAGAGGAGGAAGAGGAUGAUAUGAAGGAUCUGGAGGCUUGGGCAGCUAAUUAAUACCUGCUGAUGGUUACAAAAACACCCCCCCCCCCCCCCCACACACACACACACACACACACACACACAUGUAUACAGUUGCAACUGGUCAAACCAGCUAGAGUUGAUGGGUUGGUUUUUUUGUGUUUUUUUUAAAAGCCAUUUGAACUGAUAAGUAUGAAUGAGAAAAGUAAAAAAUGCUGCAACUAUUGAAACAAAUGCUACUACUCUAUACAUCCUGUCACACUUUUAGAAUUUCCGCAUAAGCAUGGUCAAGUCAUCAAGCAUGAUGAAUAUUAAGCUGCCUAUAUCUCAGUGCUCUUCCUCAUCGGUGGACGUAGAGUAAAAAGUAUGUUUUCUGGACGAUCCACUAUCAAGUGAAGUAUUUAUCCACAUCUCAUUCUCAAACAAAAGGCAAAGAACCCUGUACUCAUUAUGUAUAUUAUUUCAGAUGGGAAAGUGAACAGAUUAUACAUGUAUGUCCACAAAAAAUUGACACUCAUUUUACAGGUUUACGAUUUAUUCGUUUCUUCUUCCGCAACUAUUUACACAAGGUUAUCCAAACACUAAUUUCUUUAUGAAAAUUGCUUCAUUGAAUAUAGGACUUCUUUGUCCCUUACUGUAUUGAGCAUAUAAGCACUUGAGUGAAAUAGUCAUAACCAUGACCAAAGCUCAUCAAGCGUAUUUAUGUGUUGGUUUUGAAAAAUCUCUUGAAGUGCCCUCUUUGUAAAGAACUUUUGAAACAUGCAUUGUGAAUUACAUUUUUUUUUCUAAUAUGCUUGUAUAAGCAUGUAACUGAGUGACUCUGAUAUUUAAUGCUACUAGUGAUUUCAUGAUUUACUUUACGAGAAAGUUCUAGACUCCCAAGGAAUGAUGAAUGUGUGUCUGCUUUUUAAGUACGAAUGUGUUUUGCAAAAGGGGUUUGGGAUACCGAUUCAUUUAAUAUUCUUUUCUUUUUAUUAGUUAUGCCUCUGGGUUCAUCCCGUUGCAUUGGUUAUUUUAUCGUUAGGUUUUCUCUUGUUUAAAAAAUAAAUUUAUAAGCAGCAAUUUAUAUGACACGUGUUUUGUUAUUUAGAUUUCUUGUUUAUGUGCAGAGCUACUCGUUUUCGCUGUCGUCUUUCCUAUUUACAGCCUCCCCAGCUUGCAUUCUGUUGACAUGCCGUUCCGUUUCCUUAUGUACAUGCCAAAUCUAAAGGUUUUGCUAAAGGACUCCUAUUCUUGAAAUUUUGCUGAAACCUUUCAUUUACUUUGAUGCUGAUUUGUGCUGUUGAAAAUUAUUUCACCAUGUAAACUUGUUUUCCAUCUAUAGAAUCAUAAAAUGUGUUGUAUAUCUUUAUAUAUUUAUUGAAUAAAAUAUUGUUGAAAAGCAGAAACCAAAUGGAAUAUCUCAGAUUUAAAUAAACUCUGCCAAAAAAAGAAACGUCCCUUUUUCAGGAGACUGUAUUUUAAAGAUAAUUUUGUAAAAUAAGCUUUACAGGUCUUUAUUGGAAAGGGUUGAAACAAUGUUUUUCGUGCUUGUUCAAUGAACCAUAAACUGUUAUUGCACAUGCACCUGCGGAACAGUUUACAGGCGCUAGGCGAUUAAGGUCACAGUUACAAUAAUUUAGGACACUAAAGAGACCUUUCUACUGACUCUGAAAAACACCAGAAGAAAGAAGCCUAGGGUUCCUGCUGACCUGCGUGAACAUGCCAUAGACCUGCUGCAGGGAAACAUGAGCACUGCAGAUGUGUCCAGAGCAAUACACUAGAAUGUCUGUAAUGUAAGACACCUAACACUGUGCUACAGGGAGACAGGAAGGACAGCUGAUCGUCCUUGCAGUGGGAAAUUACAUGUAACCAUGUGUGUCCCCCAGACGUGAUGGAGAGCUUGCAAAUGCCUUGGUGGAGGAACAUCUCACAGCAAGAACUGACCAAUCUGGUGCAGUCCAUGAAGAUGAGAUGCACUGUAAGUACUUAAAUCAGCUGAAGGCCACCAGAUACUGACUGUUCCUUUUGAUAUUGACCUCCCCUUUGUUCAGGGACUCAUUAUUCCAUUUCUGUUCGUCAAAUGUCUGUGAAACUUGAUCAGUUGUUGAAUGUUUUUAUGUUAAUAAAUGUUUAAGUUGGUGGCGGAUGUGGCUCAGUUGGUUGAGCGGGUUGUCCACUAAUUGUAGGGUUGGCGGUUCGAUUCCCGGCAAACGUGACUCCACAUGCUGAAGUGUUCUUGGGCAAGACACUGAACCCCAAGUUGCUCCCAAUGGCAAGUUAGCACCUUACAUGGCAGCUCUGCUACCAUUGUGAAUGGGUGAAUGAGACGCAGUGUAAAGCACUGUGGAGCUGCUAAGGUUAGUAAAUAAAUAAAUAAUAUUAAAAUAAAAGCA